CCUGAGCCCUUCAUACACCUCCACACACACACACACACACACACACACACACAUACACAGAGAGGAGAGGGAGAGCAGCCUGUCCUCCAAACAAACAGCCAUGAGUAGCAUUGGAUAUGACCCCUACUACUCCCCCUCGUCAUACAGACGUUGGUAUGUCGAGGCUCCCCAACGUGUCAUGAUGACAAGAGGGAGGACUCACUCUGUCUACUCUUCCCAUGCCUCGCCGCUAUCCUCCUCCCGUCUGCAGUACUCCUCUCCUGGCCGGGUGCAGCUCUCGUCCUCCUCCCGGGCCGCUUCCCUGGAGCUGGAGCUCAGCCAGGCGGCACAGAUCAGCUCAGAAUUCCGUGCCGUUCGCACCCAGGAGCGUGGCCAGCUUCAGGAUCUCAAUGACCGCUUUGCUGGCUUCAUCGAAAGGGUGCGUGACCUGGAGCAGCAAAACCGGGCUCUGGAAGCAGAGCUGAUGCUGCUCAGGCAGAGGCACACUGAGCCAUCCCGUCUGAGAGCUCUGUACGAGCAGGAGGCCCGGGCCCUGAGGGCGGCUGUCGAUGAGGCCAGGGCGGAACAACAGGCUGCCCUUGGGCAGAGAGAGCGGUUGGAGCAAACCCUGACUGCCCUGCAGGGUCGAUAUGAGGAGGAGGUGCUGGCUCGUGAGGCUGCUGAGGGCAGGCUGAUGGACGUGCGUGGUCAGGCUGAUCAAGCUUCUUUGGCCAAGGCAGAGCUGGAGAAGAGCAUCGAAACUCUGCUGGAGGAGCUGGCCUUCCUCAAGAGGAUCCAUGAGAGUGAGGUGGCUGAGCUUCAGGCCCAGGUCCAGCUGGGUGUCCAGGUGGCGGUGGAAUCUGAGGCCGCGACCCCUGACCUCUCCGGAGCUCUAAGGGACAUCAGGUCCCAGUACGAAAGGCUGGCAUCCAGGAACAUGCAGGCAGCAGAAGAGUGGUUCAGAGGGAAAGUGGGAUCCAUGACUGAGACAGUGGCCCAGCACAGUGACGCAGUGAGAAGCUCCAAGGACGAAGCAGGAGAGUACCGACGCCAGCUCCAGACCCGCCUGCUGGAGAUCGAUGCCUGUAGAGGCCUCAAUGAAUCCCUGGAGAAGCAGCUGAAUGAGAUGGAGGAGAAACAUAGUGCAGAGAUCGCUGCUAUGCAGGACACCAUUGGAGAGUUGGAGUCAGAGCUGGGGGGCACCAAACAGGAGAUGGCUCACUACCUGAAAGAGUACCAGGACCUCCUGAAUGUCAAGAUGGCUCUGGAUAUUGAGAUUGCUGCAUACAGGAAGCUGCUCGAGGGGGAGGAGACCCGCUUCAAUGUUGGGGGCGUGUCCUCUCUAUACAGCCACAGUUUCUCAGCACCCUCCUUCACCCGACCUGUGCUCUCCAGCCUGAGCUCUGGCACCUCCUACCUGAUGACGUCACGCCUGUUCAGCUCCAGCGUCAGCACCACCGAUGGCACCAUUUCUGCCAGCCACGCCCAGCAGGCAGAAGCCAGCCCACCAGCAGAGGAAGAGGAGGAGAAGGAGAAGGAGGAAGAGGAGGAGGAAGAAAUAAAGGAAGAAGAGGUAGAGGAGGAAAAGGAGGAAAAGGAAGAGGAGGGAGGAGAGGAGACAGAGGAGGCAAAGGAGGAAGAAGAAAAGGAGGAGGAAGAGGGAGGAGAGGAGGAGGGUGACAAGGGCGAAGAAGAAGAGGGGGAGACUAAGGAAGAGGAGGAGGCAAAAGAGGGAGAAGAGGGUGGUGAUGAGGAGGAGCAAAAAGAGGAAGUGACCGAGGCAGCUGAAGACGAGGGCGAGAAAGACGACAAAGGAGGAGAUAAAGGCGAGUCUGAAGAACAAGAAGAAGCACAAGAAGAGGUGAAACCUGAAGAGGCAGAGGACAAAGACGAAGAAGCAAAAGCAGAAGAAAAACAGGAGAAGGAAGAAGAAAAAAAGAGCGGCGAAGAAGAAAAAGCUGAUGCCAAGAAAGACAGCAAAGAUGACGCCAAAUCUGACAAAGCCAUAGCUACUCCGAAAGCCGAAGACAAAGCUGACACCAAAAAGGAGAAAGAGGAGGAAAAGGCUGCUGAACCUAAAGCUGCUGAAGAAAAGAGCACAAAGGCUAAAAAGUAAGCCUUUAGCACCAGCAAACUUCAGUCAAGUCUGUCCAUUAGCUCAAUAACCAGUAGCAGCAUCUACACUGUCCUGUCAGUACUGCUUGUUAACAUGGUGCUCAAUAAAACAGUCCAGCCAUUUACAGCAACAAAUCAAGGUUAACUGCUUGCAAAUAUCCAGAAUACUCUGUAUAGUUCUGGUUGCACAAUUAUGAUUCUAAGAUGUAUAGAUGCUGAAUGUAUAAGUGGGUGUGAGAGGUUUUGGUGGUUAAAUAAAACACCUCCUAAAGCCA